UAGCACGGCCGGUCACUCUGUCAUUUACUCUUUCUGUCCCAAAGUUUUAACAAACUCACUGCCCUAAACUCUUUCUCUUCGUCCCUCUCUAUCCCUCCUCCUCUCUCAGUAAAACGCUAUGCAUUUCCUCAACUGCUCACUUUCUCAUUGUCUAUACUUUGAUUUCAUAGGGAAAUUCUAGCCUGGGUAAUUUGAUAAUUUGCCUUCUGUAAUAAUCCUUUCUCCAUCACUCACAAAAGCUACAUAGAAACUAGAGUUCCAUCAAAAAUUAGAAAACUAUGGCUAAACCAAAUGGGUUUCUUCAUUCAUCUGUCAAGUCACCACAGCAUCCUAAGUUAUAUGCUAAACAAAGCAAUGGACAUCUCUCCAUGUUGAAAAAGAGGUUAUCUAAUGACGGAUUCUGGCAUUUUGGUGGAAAACUAAAUACUUUGAUUGGAUCUCGUGGAGCUACUUUGACAUGUCACUCAACAGAAACACGGAAUACGGAAACAGAAGAGUACGUGAGACACUAUGAUGAUUGUGCAAACAUAUCCAGUGCUCAAGCUGGAGAUGAGGAUUUCAUUGAGACAGGAAAGAAUAUUACAUCAAGUCAGGGAUUAGCUGAAGCAUGUAAAUUUGUUUGUGAGGAUGCAAAAUUUGUGAAUGAAAGGGCUAAGAAUGACAUUGUAUUGCUCUUCAGGAGCAUAAUGAGGUUGGAUGCUCGUGCACGUCAAGAUGUUGCUUUUCUCAGUUCAGAGUUCCUUAAGCUAGAUGCACGAGCUAGAGAAGACACCGAGAAAAUUGACCAGGACGUGAAGAGAAGAGCGGAAAGGCUUCAUCGUGUUGCUACUAUUCUGAAAAACAAAGCUCAAUCUAGAUUGAAAUAUGCUGCUGACAAGCACUGGAGUGAUGGUGCCUUAGAGGCUGAUCUGAGACGGGCAGAUUUUGCUGCCAAGCAACGUGCAAUGGAAGAUGCUUUCAUGGCUUUGGAGUUUGUCAAAAACAUACAUGAUAGGAUGGUGAGAAAGAUGUGCAGAUUGAAGAACAGUUCUGUAAAUUCUAGUGCGGCAGCAGGGCGUAUAACACUGGAAAAGAAUGGGAAAACCCUUGACUUCAUAGAGGUGUCUGCCGAUCGUAUUAAUGCCAUGCAGGAAGCUUAUUGGAGCAUAGCUUCUGCACUUUCAGAAGCUGAUGGAAUUGAUUAUACUGAUCCUGAAGAGCUGGAGUUGUUAGUUGCAACUCUUAUUGAUCUUGAUGCAAUGGAUGGUAAAAGCAGUGUAUCUCUAUUGGCGGAGUGUUCAAGUUCUCCUGAUGUUAAUACCAGGAGAGCAUUAGCUAACGCAUUGUCAGUUGCACCAUCCAUGUGGACUCUCGGAAAUGCUGGGAUGGGAGCUUUGCAGAGACUAGCAGAAGAUAGCAACCCUGCAAUUGCUGCUGCUGCAUCAAAAACUCUCUGUGAAUUGAAGAAGCAAUGGGAAAUUGAAGAAGGAGAUAGCUGGAGAUUCAUGAUGAACCCCAGUCUGCUGGAAGAAGAAGAGAAAAAUGAUAAUACAGAAACAGGCUAAGAAUUCAUAUUCGUAGUGUAGAUAUCUGGAAGGGCGGAAAUGAGUGAUUAUUAGAUUAAUCACUAAUCGAUGGAAAUAGUUAUGUACAAAUAAUCUGAUAGUUGAAAACCCUUUUUCCUGUUCAUUUGUAAAGAAAACUCACCAUUCCUCUUUUA